UGGAUUUCUUCUGUUUAUUUAUUUAUUUUUGGAUUUUCAGCACGAGAGUGCCCUCUGGCCUUCUGAUGAAGAUUUACAACUGAUCACAGAACCUGACAAGAUGCGCAUGUGAUUAGGCUAAAGCUGCUGAUUAAUUAAUUGUGCAGCCCUAAGUAAUCUGCUUUUUUUGGGGUGGGGGGGGGUCUAUAGAAAACUGCAGGACCCUCGUGUGAUGACAACUCUCUCAGUGCUACUGGGGCUGGAUCUAGCUGGCAUGGAUGAAGAGGAAGAACAGACUCCAACCCCACCCCCUAAACCCAAAGAGACAGCUCCACCUCCUCCUAAAGAGGAAGACCUGCCAGAGAACAAGAGAAUGGCCUUGAAGGAGAAGGAACUGGGAAAUGCAGCAUAUAAGAAGAAAGAUUUUGCUACUGCACUGAAGCACUAUGAAGAAGCCCUAAAGCACGAUCCCACCAACAUGACCUAUGUGUCAAACCAAGCAGGUAAGAAUUAAGCACUAUUCUGAUAUGGCACAUUUGGAUGGGACUAAAAUCACUGAGAAGCUCUGGUAAUAAAUACUUUACCCCACCUCUCCAUGUGAAACUAAUCCCUAAUCCUGUCCGA